AACAGUCCUAGCCCACGGAAAUUUGUAGAGAAAAUCGCAAUACAACAACAAAAGGAGGCUGAGGCUACAGCUGCCUUUGAUGAGAUUAUGAAAGAUGUAUCUAGGAUCACGAAAACUAACACUCAAAUACAGAAUGUAUCGCAUUUGUUCGACGAGUCACAGCAGAGUCGACAGGCAUUGGUGGAGCGAGUUCACAGAGGGCGCCAGAUGGUACGACAUCGUCCGUUCGAUAAACGACUUGACGUGUCUCCCUACCAUUUACAACCUCCAGACACUAGUUGGCGAAGAACACACUCCGAUUCUGCGAUUCACACAAGUGGCUUGAUGGCGCCGUCUAGCCAGUGCCAGCUGGCAGCGCCCCCUGCACAGAGACGAGUUGGAGAUUCGAUGAACAACCUGUACCCUAUGUUGUGGGAGCCACGCAAGCCUUACCAGUUCAUCUCACUACCGCCGCAGCCACGGUCCAAGUCAUGUGAAGUGCCUGGAAUAAACAUUUACGAGUACAACUCGGAGCACUCCUCCGAGCAGACGUCUCCCGUGAUGACUUCGUCGUUAUCCUACAUUCCCCUCUCUGCCGGCAGCUCCCUGCCCGAUCUCACCAACAUACAGUUACGUUCAUCGUCUUCAUCCUUCGUUGCUGAUCCCCCCAUCGCCGACGGUGGCGCCCCCCGUGAGCCGAUGCUGUGCUCGCUGGCGGCGCCGGCUGGGUUGCAGGCAGCAGGGUACGAGGGGAAGUGGCCCCAUGCCGGAUCCAUGGCAUACAGCAGGUCCCCAACUGGCUCUAACAGCCCCCUCUCCAGAAGUCCCACAGUGCCACGGAGGCAACAGUCACCGCAGCUGCCGGACAGCCCACAUAAUAAUGCUCAGUACACAAUCCCGAUGGACAUGACUCUGCACACGAUGGUCGGCAUCAUGGACCAGCAGGCGGCAGCACCGUUCUCUUACCCGCCGUCCACGCUCGAUGCGUCGCCGCGUGAUCUCACACCGUCGUCGCUGCGCGGGUCCUCGCCUCGCAUGAUGUCCUCCGCGUCCAUGCAGCAGCAGCAGCAGCAGCCGAUGUCGUACGGCAUGUCUCAGCCGGCGGUGAGCAUCGGCGCGGCGACGGGAGGCGGCUACGCUCCGUCUACGCACGGCAUGACGUUGCCGCUGUCGCGGUCCUACACACAGAAGAUGACACCGGGAGGGACAUACGCGCAGACAUCAUCGCCGGGGGUGAUGUAUGCACAGACGCCAUCGCCCGGGCCGACGUACGCACAAGCGGCGUUGCCGGGGCCGACAUAUUCACAGGUGGUGUCGCCAGGGGCAACAUAUUCACAGGCGGUGUCGCCAGGGGCAACGUAUUCGCAAGGUGGUGUGGAGGAAUUAACGUCGAAGCCUGGUGUAGUGCAGCAAGUUCACCCGCAGGUCAAUCAGACCCUAGGAACACCCCAACAGGCGGCGUCGAUGGCAUAUCGGAGCCCUCAGUCACCGGAGCAUUGCUGCAGCCCUGCACCACCGUCGCCUGCGGGUCCGUGCUCCCCCGCCCGUGGUGUGUCACCCGUAGGCUCACCCGGCUCACCCUACAGUGAGGCGUACGUUCUGAGUCCGCAGCUAGCGCGACAAACCAACGAUCUAGGACACCAGUUAGAGCAGUUCAACAUGGAGCAGACAUCUCGAUCAAAGCACCCUUCGUCGUCAUCGCAACACACGGGACAGUAUUCUCAGCCGCUCCAAGUGCUACAAAAUGGAUCUGUGAACUCGGUACGUGGAUGCACGAUGCAAUCCCAGAAUAACAACACCAUCCCUGACAUCAUUAUAGAUGACCUGGGAAAGGACCUUGGACAGGCGAUGGGACUCGUUGGUGCGUUUGACCCCGACUUUCUACCUAACCUUGAGGUCGAUCAGCUCGACCUUCAGAUGCUCACCGGUGAGAUGGACACUGUGGCUGAUACAACGACUGGAGCCAACGACUCGUUUCACGUCAACAGAUUGCAGUGAUAGAUCUCGGCACGCGCAGCGGGCUGUCAUUGACUGGCACGCCCGCCGCGGGGCUGUCAUCACUGACUGGCGCGCGCGCCGCGGGCUGUCAUCACUGACUGGCGCGCGCGCCGCGGGCUGUCAUCACUGACUGGCGCGCGCGCCGCGGGGCUGUCAUCACUGACUGGCGCGCCCGCCGCGGGCUGUCAUCACUGACUGGCGCGCCCGCCGCGGGGCUGUCAUCAUUGACUGGCACGCCCGCCGCGGGGCUGUCAUCACUGACUGGCACGCCCGCCGCGGGGCUGUCAUCACUGACUGGCACGCCCGCCGCGGGGCUGUCAUCAUUGACUGGCACGCCCGCCGCGGGGCUGUCAUUACUGACUGGCGCGCGCGCCGCGGGGCUGUCAUCACUGACUGGCAUGCCCGCCGCGGGCUGUCAUCACUGACUGGCAUAUGCCCAACCACACAAGGCCCCACGCCACGAUACGAACGGCAGCGACAGUGGAUGGUGGCUGCGCUUGCCUGGUCAGAGCGUGAGGUUCCUGAUGCCUGAUGGCAACAUGGUGCAAUAGCAAACGUGAUGCACUGUACAUGUGGCGGCGGGACUGAAUGGCAGACAAGAUGUGCGAUGGCAACAAGACGUGCAGUUAAGAAAAGCUAUGAGAUGGCAACCAGGCAGAAUAGCAAUAUGGUGUGUUCUUGUAAGUAGACGUGCACUCACAAGUAGGCAUGUCUUACGAGAGCAGAUGUGUAAUCUCACCAAGAUGUGCAAUGGCAAAAAGACAUCGAAUGGCAACAGCAUGUGUUGACAGCAAGACAUAAAGUUGGCAACAAGAUGUAUGAUGAUCACAAGUCAGAAUGGCAAGAAGGUGUGUGGUGGCCACGAGACGAAAUGGCAACAAGACGUAGAAUGGCAAGAAGAUGUAUUAUAGCCAUAAAUGUAGAAAGGCAAGAAGAUGUGUGAUAAUAACACGUGACACAACAGCAGUGAGAAGACAUGCGAUGUCAACAAAACCUACAAUGACAAUGAGGAGAUGCAAUGAGGAGAGGCACUGACAAAAUGAUUGGUGAACGCAACACGAACGUGUUGUUGCAGCAAGACAGCAGAGUUUACAGCGACUAGGAUGUGGUCUAAAUGAGCUACCUAACCCUGACAACACAGCAACGGUGAAGACGCCAGCUACAAACCACUACAACAAAGCCCCAGCUACAAACCACUACACUGCCUGCAGCCUAUGCAGCGCCAAUGACACAUGGGCGCUUCUCACGGCAUCGUCACGUGAGUUUGGAUUGGCGAGUGUCAAGAUACGUAGGGUGAAUGGGUCUGUUGCUAUAAUAGGCCGAGGAAAAAAGCUACAAUUGUCGUGCCACUGAUUGUAGUGCGUGGCGUCCAUGUUAUCAUGUAGUAAUGCUGCCAUUAUGGUUGCACUAUAGCGCAUAUUUGGAUUUUUGGAAUCGCCAUGUGCUCCAUACACCAGAGAACGUAUAUAGUUUGUUUGGAACUGAGCAAGGCUUGCAGGAUGUCUACUUGUGGUGAUACCUGUGUUGUGUUCUGACCCGUUGAUUUAUUUUGAACAUAGUGGUGCGUAAUGUGCUUCGGUUUGUAAUUAUAAACGUUUUUUAAUGAACAUAAAACAUGCCUAUAUUUACUCUAAUGUAUAAAGCGUCACAUGCACAUUUCGACUGUAGAUCGUAGAGCGUUUUAUACACGGGGAGGGGGGUCAAUUCAUGAGUGAAAAGAUGUUACUUUUGAUGAAAUAACGUGCAAUCAUGUGAAUAAGUAAAAAAGGCUAUUGUAUUUUCACAUUUCAAAAAUGUAAAAUGUGUUUUAAGGGGUUACUGUGUAAAAAAAAGUCUGUAUUCGUUGAGGAUUUAGUUGAAAGUCUGAGCAUUCACUUUUGGCGUGGAUAGUGAAGAUUUUAAAAUGUAGACAUUUUGUGAGAUAGAGAGAAGGAGAGAGGAAAGCGACAGAGCGAGAGCAAAAGAGAGAGAGAUAGAGAUAGACAGAGAGAGAGAUAGAGAUAGAAAGAGAGAUAGAGAUAGAAAGAGAGAGAGAGAGAAAGAGAGAGAGAGAUGUUAAAUACGUACCUUGUUAUGAAUUUAGAAUAUGGGGAAUUUGUUAACGUAAUGAUUCCAUGUUUAGUUCUCUUUCUGCUGUCGGGUCAUCAGCACAUAGGUUCUUUUCUUUGUUAAUGAAGUGUGAAUGAUGUAACAUAUAUCUGGAUCUAGCAUGAAAUUGGUCGCUCUGUUAAAUCGGGACAUCCUAAAUAUCGUAUUAUGUGGUAACUUGAACGACUCUCGCUAAUGUUACCCUGAAUGUAAACUUCAUUAAAGAAAUUUAUACUAAAUAUCUACCUAAGUUUGUUUGUCGUGUCGUGCUAGCCCGAUUAAAAUGUUGUAUGAUUGACCUAUCCGCCUAGCAUGAUUGACAGGCAGCUUUAGCCAGUUGUUGUUAUGCUAGGACGUUUUAAAAGACAAUACUUAGCAACGAAGAGUUGUAAGGUGAAUAAUUUGGCGUGUCUGCGUGAAGAACGUCUAAAGUCGGUCUAGCUUGACAGACCCGUUAACGAUGUGUAAGCGGGGUGAUGGUAUCUCACUCAGUCUGAUGGGUAUAAAUACUGGUUCACAGUACUGCUAUUAUAAGAUCAUGUAAGUGUAGUCUAUGUGAAGUAUGCCUGGUAUUGCCUCACAUUAACAUUGUGAGAUAUUUAUCUUUUUGUUUGAUUGGCAAAGGAAAGAUUUUGCCCAAAAAUUGCUCUACAUCUCACGCUCAUGUUAACAUCUGCCAAUCAUUACGUAUGCGCCCAUUGUCGAACCGACUCUGCUUUUCACGGGCAAUUAUCUGUGCGAUCACAUGCUUGCAUACCGGGAGUGCGUGGCAUUAGCAUGCUAAUUUCGCAUCAUAUAUACACACAGCCGAUUACUCGUACGACGGAGAAGCGAUACAAACCCGGUAUGCCGCGACUCGCUAUAGUAUAAAAGGCUGACAGUGUUUCACCUGAGAGUAUAUGUCAUGCGCCUCGGGGCCAUGUUGUCAGAUGUAUUGCACUACAAACGCGCCUGCUAUCAGAAUUUUUUUAAAUUUCCUACCGAUGUUUCUUAUUGUUAUUAGCAAAUAUGGAUUAUUAAGCUCAUGAUAGAUUUAGCAUGUCUAACCACGGAAUAAGCCAGAUACGACUGCACUGUUAUUGUAUAGCGUCAUGUCAGUGCAAUCGUAAUGCUGCAGCAGUUACUUAAUCUCAUAGGGUCUAUGUCCCCCAGUGUACUGCCGGAACGUACCCUGGGUACGAUCCGGUAUACCGGAACAUAC